CCGUCAGUGAAACUUGGGGCGGUGGCCAUGGCGGUGCUGGGAAGGUAGUGUGGUGCUUCCCGCCGAUACUUGCUUGUAUCUUGUGUGCAGUGCUCGGUAAACAAACCCUCACCAUGAAUAUAUUAAAACGAGGGAUGGUUUUCAUAACCUUUUUCGGGUGCUGCUUCGCCAUAGCGCUCAUGGCAGCGGCGAUGAGCACCAAGUUUUGGCUGGAGGCGGAGGCCAUCCAGCGGAGGAUUAACCCAGACAACAGAAUUGAGGUGCGCCCCAACUCCACGGGACACGUCAACUUUGGGCUCUUUAAAGGCAGGAAAUCCCUCAACGUGGGCUUCGGGACAAGGCUUCACCCCUUCGACGUGGAUCAUGCUGAGUUCAUGGACUACGGGCUAUGGGUUGGGACUGUCGCGUGUCUCGGUCUUGGGAUGGUGUUUGCUGUGGUAGGUGCGCUCUUCGCCGUCAUCAACACAGCUACUACACCUGUGGAAGCCAUCACGGGCGUCCCAGGUCUCUAUUUAUGGAAUGCCUUGGCAGCGCUGUUCAACCUGAUUUGUGUCAUCCUGUGGGCGGUACAGUUUCACAAGCACCUCACCAAUAACGUGCUCCUGUACGACGCUGCCGACGGCUGGACCACGGCAGGCCAGGAGAGCUUUGGCUAUUCUUACUGGCUGGUAGUGGUCGCCAUCUUUGUUCACGUAGUCAACAUCGGCAUCAUCUAUAUGGGAACUUACGACCCCAAGGUCAAAGAGCAACUCCAGGCGCCUGAUCCCAAGGGCGGCAACAUCAUGCUUUACUGAGGCGCCUCUUACACACAAGCUAAAGACGUCAUUAGCUGGCGACAUCUUAAGCUCAAGACAUCUUAGGAUGAAGACAUCUUAGGAUGAAGACAUCUUAAGUUAAGAUAUUUUUAACCUCAAAACAUAAGAGGUUGAAGAUGUCUCAAGCUUCUGGUGUCGUAAGUUAGAUAAGUUGUGAGGUUGUAAUGUCUCAAGUUAAAGACAUCUUAAGCUGAAGACGUCUACAUGGAAGUCGAUUUUAACCUUAUGAUUUCUUAGGUCAAUGACGUCCUAAAGCUUGUGAAGUCAUAAAUCAAAGUUUCUUAUUAAAAAAAACUAUUGAUUGACAUGACAGAUUGAAAAUAUAUUGUAGGUUCGUAACGCCUGUGCUCAAGUUGUCAGUAAUAAUGUAUGUGUUACUUUUUUGAGACAUCGUGUUGUGAAGUCAAUUGAUGUCACUCACAGGAUGUCAUGAGGUUAUGAUAUGGCGGCUAGAAAGGAAAUAGGGAAGAAGUGUCUGGGGGUAAUGUAAAUAAUGAAGUGUUUUAAUUCAUGAUUUUGCGGAGAGAGAGAGAGAGAGAAUUUUAAUAGUGUAUAUAUUAAUUAGAACAGAAUCAUCUACUGUCCCAUUUUCUUCACUUUUAUCCAAAUAUUUCCUUCUUCUUUCACCCCUAUCUUAUCCCUAUCUUCCUUCCCUCAUUAUUCUAUCUUCCUUUCUCUCCUCACACUUUCCAUUACCUUCUCUCUCCUUUACCUUACCUUUAUCAUACCACGGGAUUAUCUGGACCUUCUGAAGAUAGAAUAAGGUAAUGAAAAAUAUAUAAACAUCAAACGAGAGAGAGAGAUCGAGUCACACGGGAGAAUAAGCGACCGUAAACACGAGGCCAAUUGAUAAAGAAAUCCAUUGAGGUCAACGAUUAACAUAGUACUAUUGAUAUGAAAAACUUAUUCUUUUCCAACACUUGGUAAAAGGUUUAGUAGAAAGUGAAAUAACGAAAAUAAAAAGUAAAGACUAGAAUUAUAGAGAAAACUGAUAAACACAGACUAAUUAAAAAGGAAAAAAAAUAUAUUUCUGAAUUUAAAUAGACAUUCCUCUUUUUCCUCCUCCUUCUCUACUCCCCCCAAGAGAAACAGAAAUAGAAUUAUAAAAAAAAAACGUGAUGAAUGGUAUCUUUAGGGGAAACUAUGA